UUACAUGAUGCAUGUUUGAAAGGUGAUUUGAAUGCAGUCAAAGAGAUUAUAAAUGAUGGCGCUAGUCUUAAUGAGAGAGAUGAAUAUGGCGACACGGCUAUGCACACUUCCUGUCGAUACGGACACGCCGGAGUUACGAGAAUUCUGAUCAGCGCACGGGGGAAUGGGAAUGUCCAAAAUAAAAAUGGCGACACGCCUCUGCACAUCGCCGUUUCCUUGAAGCUGAGGAAAAUCACUAAUCUACUGAUCAGGGCCGGCGUUAAUAUUAGCACUCUAAAUUACGUUAGUGUAGUUGGUUGGUUGGUUGGUUGA